AUGGCAAGGAAGAUAAAAAAGAAUACGAAGGGACAUGCUGUCACCUACAUUACUCAGAAGCAGGCUAUGAGAAUGCUUCAGAUAUCUUUACCUAAUUUUCGUCGUAUUUGUUUGCUUAAAGGAAUUUAUCCCGUUGAGCCGAAGAAUAUUAAGAAAGCUGGUCAUGGAAGUACCGAGCCGAGAGUUUAUUUCAAUCGAAGAGAUAUUGCUUUCCUUAGAUGGGAGCCUCUGAUUGAAACCUUCCGUAAACUUCGAACUCAUCAAAUGCGCUUAAAGCGGGCUCGCGAAAAGUUGGAUAGAGACAAGGAAUAUCGUUUGAGAAUGACUAAACCAACUUAUACUCUUCAUCAAUUGGUUCGUGAGCGAUAUCCCACUCGUAAGGACGCCCUCCUGGACUUAACAGACAGUCUCAAUCUAAUCUUCCUCUUUUCACGUCUUCCUCGUUUGACACAAUUUCAUCCCGCAUUGAUAUCUCUCUGUCGAAGAUUUGCAGUGGAAUUCCUCCAUUACACUAUUGCUAUGCGCUGCAUUCGAAAGGCUUUCAUCAGCAUUAAAGGUUUCUAUUUGGAAGCCAUUAUUGACGAUGUCCCGGUUGUCUGGGUUAUCCCUCAUAAUGCUGCAUCUCAUGUUCCAACAGGUGUCGAAUAUCGUCUCUUGGCCACCUGUGUCGAGUUCGAUGUCACAUUAGUCGGAUCGUUACUUGUUAACCUUUACAAACAGGCUGGUCUUCUCUAUCCGCCUAAAUUGAACACUCAAGCAAUCAAUAACCCAACCUCAGUUUACUGUGCUCCUGAGAAUGCUCAUUUCGAGUUCUUAGCUUCUUUAUCGAUUCCAAUUAAACGUCAUGAGGAAGAGAAGGUCGAUGUAGAACAAAUGGAUGAUUUGGUCGAACUCCAAGCAAUAGAUGACUCUGUCACAGCUGCUGUAAAUAAACAGAUUCAGGUCCAAAAAAUUAAGCAUCUUUUCGAGGGAAAGCGAUUUUUUUUCAAUCGUGAGGUGCCUAAGGAAGUGCUUUCAGUGAUUAUUCGCUCAUGUGGUGGAGAUUGUUCAUGGGAUCCUCUUUCUGGCCCUGGAGCCACGUAUACGGAGGAUGAUGAUCGUAUCGAUUUCCAAAUAGUCGAUCGUCCGAUGCAUAGCAUGAAGGCAACUCGAGCCUACGUUCAGCCUCAAUGGGUCUUCGACAGUCUCAAUGCCGGUCGUUUGAUGCCCGUUCAGGACUACCUUCCCUCCGCCACUCUUCCACCCCAUCUCUCGCCUUUCGCCGCUUCCUCCGUUGUUGCCGACUCGCUUAAUGGUGGAUCAAUGGGUAUGGCCGAUGCACUCAGACAAGCAGCUGCUGUUAAUGCUGCACCAGGAUUCGGUGCCGGCUCAACUCUUUAUCGGCCGCCGGAGAUGGAUUACCUGGCUGGUCUGGUCUCACUUGCCGAAACUAGGGGAGCUGCUGUUGCUGAGGCAACUGAGGAAGGUCAAAGCCAACGGGAAGAAAUGGAAGUGGAUGAUGAGGCUGAAGAGGGUGGUGAGGUCGCAACUAUAAAGACCAGCAUGAAUAAAAAGAAGAGGAAGAAUAAGAUCAAUAAGGCAAUCAAGAAGGGCAAAACAGUGGUUGCACCUGGCAAGCCUUUGGACGACUUGUCGAGAAGAAUGGCCGAGCGUGAGGCUGAAAAUGCUCAACGUAAACUGCGUGAAAUGAUGCUCCCCAAGAAACACAAGAAUCUGUACAGAAAAAUUGUCCAUGCCCAGAAAACGGCCAAUAAGGAUAUCCGUAGCUUGCAAGAACGACGAAAGAAUAUCGAGAAGAAUCAACGACCGCAGCAAAAAUCAAAGUGA